GAGACUCUCCCUCCCCGCCUCUCCCGAGCCCGGGGCGCAUGCGCCCUCAGCCGUUCCGACGCUCGAGCCCGAGAGUGGCCGUUGCCUCCGCGAGCCCUCAUGGCGGAAGCCGGCUCGGUACUUUCCCCGGAGGCGGAGGCAGAGGAAGAGGCCGACGAGGAGCUCCUGCAGCUGGAGACGGAACCGCCGGCCGUGGCGGUUUCCGGCCGGGCGGCGCCGACCGCUCCCGGCGGAGCCGUUCGCCUCCUCGCCGCUCGGAAACCGUUCGAGGCGGCCUGUGAGGAGGACGAGGAGGAAGGCGACGGCGAGGAGUGUGAGCCGCUCCUGGGCGCGGCGUCGGGCCGGGGCCGGAGGGCCCGUGAGGGGACAGGAAAUGUCGCAAGCAUCGCCGAGAUGGAUUUCUUUGUGGAUGAUCCCGAAUUUGCUGAAGUCAUGCAGCAAGCGGAACAAGCCAUCGAAAGCGAAGUCUUCCCGGAGAGAAUCUCCCAAGGUUCCAGCGGAAGCUACUUUGUCAAAGACUCUAAGAGAAAAAGUAUUGGCGUGUUUAAACCCAAAUCUGAAGAGCCUUACGGUCAUCUCAAUCCGAAAUGGACCAAAUAUUUCCACAAGAUCUGCUGCCCUUGCUGCUUUGGCAGAGGCUGCCUUGUUCCUAAUCAGGGAUACCUCUCAGAAGCUGGCGCCUACCUUGUGGACAGCAAACUAGGAUUGGGAGUGGUACCCAAAACGAAGGUUGUCUGGUUUGUAAGCGAGACGUUCAACUACAGUGCAAUAGAUCGUGCCAAGUCGAGAGGCAAGAAAUACGCUUUGGAAAAAGUGCCAAAAGUUGGCAAAAAGUUUCACCGCAUUGGACUACCUCCUAAGGUCGGCUCCUUUCAGCUUUUCGUGGAAGGUUACAAGGAGGCUGACUAUUGGCUCAGGAAAUUUGAAACCGACCCCUUGCCUGAGAACACAAGGAAGCAGUUUCAGUCCCAGUUUGAGAAACUGGUCGUGCUUGAUUAUGUUAUCAGAAAUACUGAUAGAGGCAACGAUAAUUGGUUGGUGAAGUAUGAAAAACAGAGCGACGGGACGGAUCUUUCUGACAAGGAGAUCCAAUGGAUUAAUGAAAAGGAGCCUAUUAUUCAAAUUGCAGCAAUUGAUAAUGGCCUUGCUUUUCCUUUCAAGCAUCCGGAUGAGUGGAGAGCAUAUCCAUUCCACUGGGCUUGGCUUCCCCAGGCAAAGGUCCCCUUUUCUCAAGAGACCAUAGAUUUGAUACUUCCUCGUAUUUCUGACAUGAAUUUUGUACAGGACCUCUGUGAAGAUCUUUAUGAGCUUUUCAAGACUGACAAAGGGUUUGACAAAGCCACCUUUGAGAACCAAAUGUCUGUGAUGAGAGGACAGAUACUUAACCUUACUCAGGCCUUAAAGGAUGGCAGAAGCCCUCUUCAGCUGGUCCAGAUGCCUCGGGUGAUCGUGGAGAGAAGCCACAGUGGGACACAAGGAAGGAUCGUUCACUUGAGCAAUGCAUUUACUCAGACUUUCCACAGCCGGAAGCCUUUUUUCUCCUCCUGGUAAAAGACAAGUUGAAAGCCCUUUGGUUUAGCAAGAUGUUCUACUAUGUAAAGAUUCCUGAAUAUAUUUUUUUUCCUCUGCCCUUCCCUCCCUCUGCUGGACUGCCAAAACCUCAGAAGUUUUAUAUAUUGAAUGUACUCCGUUUACAGUUUAUUUAAAAUUGUGAAAUUUUACAUCAGGGAAACGAGGAGCUUGUCCUAAACUGUAUUUUUUUAAUAGACGGUUCGAUGUUUUUUUUUUCUUUAUUUAGUUUUGAAAAAGGGGUGGGGGGAAUAAAAGUUUACAGAUGCCAAAGACUACUUUUGAAUUAACGGGGCGGGGAGGGGGGGGGGGAGAGAGAUUCUGUUGCCUACAAUAUCAGAAAUUAUAAUCUUAAUUUUUAAUAGAUCGGAUUGAAAGGCCCGGCCUUUUAUUCCACUACCUAGUUGUCUCCCCGUCAUCUUAAUCUAAUCCACAGGACCAAUCCCACCCCAUCUGCAUUUUGGACUUGAAGGUGGGUUAAAUAAAUGCAUGUUGGUAGAGAGGAAACCAUAAUUAUGUCAUAGUUCUCACACCUUCUUUGCCUUGAAAGGCAGGCAGUUCUAAGUGCAAUUUAGCAUAUGCUCCACUGCGCAUUGUUUCAUUUGGGAAAGGAAUGGAGUACUUGGUCGAUGCUUCUUCACCACGGUUUCAUGCCUAAUUUAUUGCACAGCCUCUGCAUUUUUAGCUACAAGCUCCAUCUGUACUAAAAAUAAUAAUAGUUGGCUAUUGCUAUUUAAAAAUCUGUGGUUUUUUUUCCCUUUGGGGGAAUACCACGGUUUUAGGAACAAUGUUCCCGGAUUUUCACGCCUCCUCAGUUUUUUUGUUUUGUUUUCUGUGUUAAAAAAAAAAUUGAGCCAAUUACAGGUGACUUUGUCGAUGUUUAAAGAAUAUCCUUUCAAAAGACACCUUUAACACUGUUUUACUUAGUAUCAAGAAGUGACACAUUCCAAGAAUUGAUUUUUUUUUCUGGACCAAGAACCGGAUGAGGGAAAAUGCUACAAAGAAAAUAAAUAAAAGGAAUAUACCGUAGUUAUUUAUUUUAUUUUUCUCAGAUUAUACAUAUCGAUAAAUGCAUGCUUUCCGUCUUGCGAUUCUUUUUGUCAGGAUGAUGAAUUGGGGGAAAAUACACGUAUUUUGUUAGAAUAUUUCUGCUGCAAUUUUUGUCAGGAGCAAUGGGGUUUUUUUUUUUUUCUUUAAUUUUUUUUUUUACCAAAGCCAGUUAAAUGGACUAACUUGAAACCAAAGUUCACUGGUAGAUAAGUUGCCUCUUCCUAACACCACUACUAGCUUGGUCUCGGAGGAGAUCGAAACCUUUGCAAAUCAGAAAAACCAUUUUUGAUCAUUUGGUUGCCAGGCGAUUCCUCAACAGCUCUAAACUUUGCACUUGGCUUUUAGCUGAUCGCUUGCGAGAAGGAUGAUCGGAGUAACUUUACACUUACCAAGGAUUUAGCAAACACUUGUUUGAAACUUCAGGGUUCGAAGCUCAAAACGGCUGUGUCAAAAACGGGGGCUUUUGGGGGGGGUUAACGUUGUGCCUAGCUUUCUCUGAAAUGCUGUAUCUUUACCUGCAGAGCAAUACCUCCAUUUUCUCGCAUUGCUGUUCCUUUUAAUCUUUGUUAAACCAAUGUAACCUGUUGGGAUAAUUUACUUGAUACUUUCAAACGCGUAAGCCUUAAUGUUGAAAAUUUACUGUAUUGCGGGUUUAUCCAUUUAUUCUGACUUCAGUCUUUAUCCGUUCCUGCAAACUAUUUAAAAAGAAAGGAUGGGGCUUUGCUUUCUCAAAAACAAUAAAGGCCACACAGUCUCUGCUGCUGCAGAUCUGCCACAAUUGUCCGGUUACAUUUAAUUUAUUUUAGGAGAGAAACAUCUGGAAGAGGGAGCCUUCCCUUCUUAAGGUGAGGUUCAUUUUACCCAUGUGUAGUAUUGGUCCUGCUGCUAUCGUCCACAUUCGGUAUAACAACAAGACCACACUUUUAGCCAGCCUGAUUGUUUUAUCAUUAAAGCGAAUUGUUUCAAUUAAAAA